AUGCCUCGAGAGCAGUCGUUCAAGUCAAGGGGCCGUGAAUCAUGGUGUAACCAUAGCCUGGUUGGAUUGUUCCCCGAUAGAUGCAUGAAACCCCCUCCUCUCCCCACUCUCCAGGCAGCAGCAUUUCCUCCCUGCACCCCUGAGAUCUUUCUCCCGAACGCAACGCGCGUUGAGCGCCGGAAAAGGGGGCUUGCGGCUUCCACAGAGCGAGUCAGAGAGCUGCGAUCACGCCGAGGGGUGGAGACAUCGGGUCGUGUGACGGUCAAAAAUUUCACGGACGGACUGGUGCAAUGGGGCCAUUCGGCCGGCGGUCGGAGAUCAGCGUUCCAUCGUGGUACGGGGGCGAAAGAAGCGCGGCGUUGCGAAGGGAAGAAGGAGACGUUGUCGUCGAGCGACGCACUCGAUGCUUAUAUAGUUGGGGCGGCCCAACGACGGGGCGGUGGACGGCGGCAGUUCCCGUUCGGGGAUGGCGUGGCGCGCCAAACCGGACUGGGACACGCUAAACCGGAAAUGGCGCGGUCACGCCGGCCGCUAAACCCCAACGGGUGGACGACCGGAAACGGCGGCGGCGGCCCAAAUGGAAAUUCUCCUAUAGUAGUAUUGGAUUAG